AUGCAGAGGGCUUCCCCUUAUAGGGAGGAUAUUGUCCUCUUAGUUGACAGCUCCGACACUAUGGAACCUUCAUCUCUCCCCUAUGUGAAAAAUUUUACGAUCCGUAUGAUUGAAGGCCUACCAAUAGGGCCUAACCAGUUUCGGCUGGCGCUUGCUCAGUACAGUGAUGAUUUGUCCACUGAAUUUAUGCUGGACACUUACAGAAGAAAGGGUCCUAUGGUGAAUCAUAUCAGGGAUGACUUUGCACUUCGUGGUGGGAGUGCAGUGCACAUUGGAAAUGCCCUCAAUGCAGCUUAUGAAACCUUUUUCCAAAAGUCAGCAGGUGAGAAAGAGAAGCAACAAAUCAUUGUGAUUUUGACAUCAGCACCCUCAGAAGAUGAUGUUGGAGAAGCUGCCAGAAGCUUGAAGAGUCAUGGAGUAAAGAUAAUAGCUAUAGGGACAAAAGAAGCUCCAUAUAACGAUCUUUUAGAGAUGGCCACCCCACCAUUUCAUUACAUAAAUCCAGUGAUAGAGGAGCUGCCUAAAUUUUCAGAACAUAUGCCACAGAUCAUUGAUGAUAUUAUUCAAGCAAACAUCAGCGACAUAAUAAAUAUACCUGAUUACAAUGACAGCGCUGUGCAAGAAGUAUGUGAUGGAGACACGGUUGCUGACAUUGUGUAUAUAGUUGAUCGUGGUACUUCAAAGUCAAACUUUGAAGAAUUAAAAAAAUUCCUGCAAAACCUAACAUCCUCAUUUGAUGUGAAGGAGAAAUGCAUAAGAAUUGGCCUGGUGAUAUACACUGAUGGACAAGAAGUGGUGUCUCAUCUGAACAGAGACACAAACAAAGCUGAAAUUCUGCAGAUAAUACAGGAGCUUUCUGCUGGGUCAGGAGAAGCCAAGACCGGUGCAGCUAUUAAUGUCACAAGGCUAAAACUCUUUGCUGAAGGUGCCGGGAGCAGAAAGAAGCAAGGGGUAGAGCAAAUAGCUGUUCUGGUUACCCACAGACCCUCUCAGGACAAUGUAAGUGAUGUUGCUACUCUUCUGCGGAGAAGUGGUGUGACAGUGUUUGCCGUAGGAGUUGAAGAUGCUUCUGAUCAACAGCUGGUCCAGAUAGCCUCUUACCCUCAAGAGCAGUAUGUUACCAGUCUCAGGGUGUUUUCUGAUCUGCAAAGGCAAAAUACAAUUUUUCGAAAGAAGGUCUUGAAUAAAAUACAAAACAAGCUCUAUGUUGACUCUGAAAGAAAAGAGAUUCUCAAAACAGGCUGUCUGGACACAGAAGCAGCUGAUAUUUAUUUGCUCGUGGAUGGUUCAUCAAGUCUUGACUACAGGGAUUUUAUGGAUGUGAAGACUUUUUUGAAGGAAAUGAUUAGGCUGUUUGACAUAGGAAUAAAUAAAGUUCGAUUUGGACUCGUGCAGUUCUCACAUUUCAAUGAACCAGAGUUUGAACUUAAUAAAUACACUUCAGCAAGUGAUUUGAUAAAAGGGAUUGAAAAUAUUCGGCAAAUAGGUGGAAACACCAGUACAGGGGGAGCUCUAGCUUACAUGAAGCCAUUGUUUGAAAAGGCCAGGAGUCAGCGAGGAGUUAGAGUGCCUUGCCAUCUAAUUGUUCUCACAGACGGAGAGUCACAGGACAGCGUGAAGGAACCAGCCAUGAAACUUAGGGAAGACCAGGUUAACAUUUAUGCCAUUGGUGUGAGGGAAGCUAAUAUAACUCAGCUUUAUGAGAUUGCAGGAGUGAAAAACAGAGUGUACUUCGUACAUGAUUUUGACUUACUGCAAGACAUUAAAAAUGAAGUUGUCCAAGAGAUCUGUACCAUAGAAGUCUGCAAAGAAGUGAAAGCUGAUGUUGUGUUUCUAGUGGAUAGUUCUGCAAGUAUUGGAAAUGAGCAUUUUCUGAAAAUUAAAAACUUCAUGAGAGAGCUGGUGAACGGAUCAGAUGUUGGUGCAGACAGAGUGCGGAUUGGUGUUGUCCAGUUCAGCCACAAACCAAAGGAAGAGUUCAAGCUCAGCACUUACUCCACCAAAAGAGAUAUCCUCCGUGCUAUUGAUAGGAUAUCUCCCCUUCAAUCCACCAGACUGACAGGAGGAGCACUGAAGUUCAUGCUUAAAUACUUUGAAGACAGUAGUGGUUCACGUGACGCAGUUAAAAAAAUUCUCAUCCUGAUCACAGGUGGGGAAUCGCAAGAUGAAGUUAAAGUCCCUGCCACACUACUCCGAAAUACAGGUGUUAUCAUCUACUCUGUUGGAGUUCUUAACGCAGACAAAACCCAGCUUGAAGAGAUUAGUGGGAAGCGUGAGAUGGUAUUCUAUGGCGAAAAUUCUGAUAUUCUAAGCCAGACAAAAAAGGACCUCAUGUUUUACAUUUGCAGUAGUCCUCCUGAUGACAAAUGCAGAAGAGUGGAACGUUUAGACAUUGUGUUUGUUAUGGACAGCUCUGGAAGCAUAAGCCCCUCACAGUAUCAGGCCAUGAAAGACUUCAUGAUUGCCCUGGUGAAACAAUCUGAUGUUGGCCCAGAUGGAGUUCAGUUUGGAGCACUAAAAUAUUCUGAUGACCCAGUAGUGCUCUUCUACCUUAAUAAGUAUACUACAAAACUGGAGAUUACUGAGGCUAUCCAGAGAGAUGACCCUCUAGGACAAAGAACUUACACAGCAAAGGCACUGUUCCAUUCAGAAAUGUUCUUCACUGAAGAACAUGGCAGCCGCAAGAGCAAAGGAGUUCCCCAGGUAAUUAUAGUGAUAACUGAUGGGGAAUCCCAUGAUAAAGACAAACUGGAUGAUUCAGCCCAGAGAUUAAGGAACAAAGGAAUUACCAUCUACGCAGUUGGAGUAGAAGGAGCAAAGCGAAAUGAGCUUCUGAUAAUGGCUGGAUCAGAGGACAAAUGCUUCUAUGUGGAUACCUUUGAAGGACUUGGGAACUUAACUGCAAAUAUAACAAAUGAUAUAUGUAAUAUUUCAGUACCAGACUGUCCAAAGAAAGCAGAUGUUAUGUUGCUAAUGGAUGGUUCCAGAAGCAUAGAUGAAGAAAACUUCAGGAUAAUGAUAGACUUUGUGACAAGUUUAAUCAAUCCAGCUGUUAUUGUUCAAAAUACCAAAAUUGGCUUUGCAGUCUAUGGUGGUGUCUAUAAAGAAGAGUUCAGCCUCAGCUUUUUUCCAAACAGAUCAGAACUAGAAUUUAAAAUUCAAAGCAUCAAACAAAUUAAAGGACGCCAAAGUAAUAUUGUAAAUGCACUUGAGAAAGUGAAACACAACUUCCAACCAGAAAAGGGUAGCAGAAUACAUGAAAAUGUCCAACAGAUUUUACUGGUAAUCAUUGCUGGACGAACAAGCAGUAGAGCUGCAAGAGCAGCAGAAAGCCUGAGGAAGAAAGGUGUUGAUAUAUAUGCCAUAGGCGUGGGAAAUGUCGAUCAGUCCCAGCUAACACAGAUAACUGGAUCACCAAGUAGGAAAUACGCCGUUGAUGAUUUUUCUAACUUGAAAAACAUUAAAAAAAGACUGGUUGAUGUUAUUUGUGAGGACGAUAAUAGAAAAGUAGCUUGUUUUGUGGAUAUCACUGUGGGAUUUGACAUCUCAUCACAGAGGGAAGGCCAACACUUAUUUCAUGGACAGACCAGACUGGAAAAGCAUUUCCCUGAGAUUUUGCAAGCCCUUCUGUCUCUAAGGGACGUGAGCUGCAAUGUUGGGUCCAAGGCACAGAGCAGCGUGGCUCUUAAAGUGAAGAAUACUGUUACCCCGAUACCCACAAAGUUCUACGUUGACAGUGAAUCUGUCCUGCGUAACCUGUCAGAAGCUGUGAUCAAGACACCAUCCCAACUUAAUGUUGAAUUCUUGCAGUCACUCUGGGAAACAUUUAGGAACAAGGAUGAGACCCGACAAAAGGUAUUACUUGUGUUUUCAGAUGGUGUGGAUGAUGACUUAGAAGCACUCGAAGAAAAAUCUGAAGAACUUAAAAAGAAAGGUUUGGAUGCUCUUAUAACUGUUGCUCUGGAAGGAGCCUCCAAUUUUCAAAACCUCCAAUCCAUUGAGUUUGGAAAAGGAUUUGAAUAUGGAACUCACUUAGAUAUUGGCAUGACAGAUAUUGCUAGCAGGCUAUCCAAGAUCUUGAACAAUAUUGCUGAGAAGACCUGCUGCUGUUUGUCUUGCAAAUGUACUGGGGAAGAAGGUGAAAUCGGAGAUAGGGGAAAAGGAGGAAUAAAGGAGAGGUACCAGACUCUCUCAGGUCAAAUCCUUAGUUUGGUUUAUAUCAAAAGUCAUGACUUGGAGAAGGGACCAAAUGGUGUUAAAGGCAACCUGGGAUAUCUUGGAGAUGAAGGAGAACCGGGCUUUCGAGGAUUUGUUGGGGAAAAGGUGCAGUAUAACUCUAGACAGUCUGAGUUUCUGAGUACAGGUGAAAAUGGGGAAGAUGGGAGCGAUGGAAUUAGAGGAGAAGAGGGAAGUCCAGGGCCAAGAGGACCCCCUGGUGAUCGUGGCCAGAAGGGCCUUCGCGGAUAUCCUGGUAACCCUGGACUGAACAGUGCAAUACCAGGAACAAGAGGCUUUGCAGGAGAAGAGGGGCAAGAGGGUGAGAGAGGACAAAAAGGCUCACGUGGGCCAUCAGGAGGCGUAGGCAACCCGGGCAAUCGUGGACAGCCUGGUCAGUAUGGCUUGCAAGGAAAACAAGGAUACAGAGGACCUCAGGGACAAAAAGGCAUUAAUGGUCAAAAAGGACAGAAAGGGAGACCAGGACGUAAGGGUCCUCCAGGUGAAGCUGGGGAUGAGGGAAUUGCAGGGGAACGUGGACUAAAAGGAUAUAGAGGCAGAAUGCCAUGUGAACUCAUUGACUACGUCCGCAAAAAAAGCCCUUGCUGGGAUGGAAAAGUGAAAUGCCCAGUAUAUCCAACAGAACUGGUGUUUGCCUUGGACACCUCUAGGACACUCACUCCUGACGUGUUUGAACUAAUGAGGGAGAUUAUGAUGGCAAUAGUGAGUGAUGCCAGAAUCAGAGAGAGCAACUGCCCAGUGGGAGCCAGAGUCGCUGUUCUUUCCUAUAACUCCGUUACUCACCAGCUGAUCCGAUUCUCAGAGUUUCACAACAAGAAUAAGUUACUCAACGCACUAAAAAAUAUUUCUUACCAGAGUUCCUCCAGUGAACGCAACAUUGGAAGUGCAAUGAGAUUUAUUGCCAGGAACAUUUUCAAGAGAACUCUACAAGGUCCUAAUGUGAGAAAAAUAGCUGUGGUUUUCAGCCAUGGACCUGCUGCAGAUGCAUCUUCUGUUAAACAAGCUGUCCUGGAGAUGAGUGCAGUAGGAGUCAUUCCAGUAGUUAUUGCUUUUGAAGACACACCCCAUAUCUCCCAAGCUUUCCUGAUGGAUGAUUCUGGAUUGUUUCAGGUGCUAAAUGUUCGUGGUACAGAAUAUAAGGAAGUGUCGCAAAGAUUUCAUUUGUGCACUUUGUGCUACGAUAAAUGUAAACCAGAUGCCUUUUGUGAACGCCCCAGGCGCCGUUUACUGAAGGAAUAUGUGGAUGCUGCAUUCAUUCUGGAUAGUUCACAGAAAAUGAGUGGUGCUGAAUUUGAGCAAGUCAAAGACUUCAUGAGCAAAGCAGUCACUGCAUUCAACAUUUCCUCAGAUCCAAAAACAUCUGUUGUAGGGGACAGAAUAGCUCUGGUGAGCCAUGCACUACCAGAUUUCAAAGCAGGCAUAGGGAAGAGGCCAGUAAAGAAAGAAUUUGACUUUGUUACCUACAGCAAUGAAGACCUAAUGAGAAUAUAUAUUAAAGAAUCUCUUCAGCAGCUGAAUGGAGAGGCUGCUGUUGGCCAUGCCAUGCAAUGGACAAUUGCUAACAUUUUCUCAGGGGCUCCCAAUCCAAGGCCACGCAAAGUUAUCAUCAUUAUAUCUGCUGGAAAAACGAGCCAAUGGGACAAAGGAACAUUAAAAAAAAUUUCCCUGCAAGCUAAGUGCCGAGGCUAUGCAGUGCUUGUAAUUUCACUAGGAAAGUCCUAUGACAGAAAUGAACUGGAAGAGCUCGCAAGCACUCCUCUGGAACAGCAUUUGGUUCAGCUUGGCAGAAUCCACAAGCCUGAACUCGACUACGUAAUGAAGUUUCUGAAGCCAUUCAUACGUUUCCUCAGGAGUGAGGACAACUACCCGCCAGAAGAGCUCAAGGCAAACUGUAGCAUGCUCCGCAUUCAGAACCAAAAACCUGUCUUUGAAAUAGAAGACAUGAUUGCAGACCGUGCCACCAUAGAGGCUGCUUCAUUCAUUCCUUCCUGGCACUCAAGAGGAUUGCGGCACUCUGAUAGAAAACAUACUCCUUUAAAAGCAAGAGUUUUCACCAAGAAGAAACAAAAAUUGAGUGAAAUUUAA